CUCUAUAAAACCCCUCACCUCUUUUGCUCUCGCUCCUCCUCUAUAAAACCCCUACACCUUUCGACUCCGAUCUUCGUCGGCCAUUAGCAGUAGCAAGCAAAAUACCAGCAUCAUCAAGGAGGAGCCAGUGGACAAAGAAACACACACACAGGGAGAGAGAUCGAUCAUGGAGAGAUCUCCUCGUCCUCGGACAUCUCCUCCUCCUCAGACAUCUCCGUCGUCUCCUUCCUCGUCGUCGUCCAAUUCCUCCUCGUCGAUCUCCAAUCCUCCCCGCAAGAGGGCGAGGACCCAGAAGAGCCAGAGCAAGGCCAAGAGGCCCAGGAAGGAGGCGAGCGGGCAGACCAAGGAGGAGGACUCUGCUGAUCCUCCCAAUGCCACCACCGGGAAGAGGAGCUCCAUCUACAGGGGAGUCACCAGGCACAGGUGGACAGGCAGGUUCGAGGCCCAUCUCUGGGACAAGCAUUGCCUCACCUCGCUCCAGAACAAGAAGAAAGGCAGGCAAGUCUAUUUGGGGGCUUAUGAUACUGAGGAGGCAGCUGCUCGUGCGUAUGACCUUGCAGCCAUCAAGUAUUGGGGUCCUGAAACAGUGCUGAAUUUCCCUGUGGACGAUUACGCGAGUGAGAGGUCGGAGAUGGAGGGGGUAUCGCGGGAGGAGUACCUGGCCACCCUCCGCCGCCGGAGCAGUGGCUUCUCUAGGGGCGUCUCCAAGUACAGAGGGGUCGCCAGGCAUCACCACAAUGGAAGGUGGGAGGCUCGGAUUGGGCGAGUCUUUGGAAACAAGUACCUGUACUUGGGAACAUUCGAUACCCAAGAGGAGGCGGCUAAGGCCUAUGAUCUAGCAGCCAUUGAAUACCGAGGUGCCAAUGCUGUAACCAACUUCGACAUUACCUGCUACCUGGACCACCCGCUGUUACAAGCACAGCUCCAACAGGAGCCACAGGUGGUGGCAGCACCGAACGAAGAAGCUCAACCUGACCGGAGUGAAAAUAUGGACCAAGAGCAAUCUUCAAGUGAAGCGAAGACGCCUGACGAGAUUGCAAAGCCCCUCGCAGUCAACGACGUCAUCGAAGAGAGCUUAUGGAGCCCUUGCCUGGAUUAUGAACUGGAUACCAUGUCCAGAGCUAACUUCAGCAGCUCCAUCAAUCUGAGCGAGUGGUUCAACGACACAGCCUUUGAGAGCAACAUUGGGUGCCUGUUCGAAGGGUGUUCUGCAGUUGAUGAAGGCGGCAAGGAUGGUGCAGGCCUCGCAGAAUUCAGUUUCUUUGAAGAAGGUGAUGAUAAGCUGAAGGAUGUUUUAGACCUGGAAGAGGGAAUACAUCCUCCAACAAUGAUCAGUGUGUGCAAUUGAUUCGCCUUGUGCUUGAGUGUCUGUGAUAUCCGAGUAGGUUUUCACUUUUCAGGUGUCCAGUCUUGGGUAUACUUAAUUGUCUAAUGCCAUAAUGCAAAUGCUGCAAAGAAGCUGAACUUCUUGUAGACUGGCUUGGCAAAGUGGGAGAUUCUUUGAUAGAGCCCCACGGGCCACAGCAUUCAACUUGGCAUUAGACAAGUGUGUUACUAUCCCUUAAUUCUUUGAAUUUCCUCCAGAGUGGUUCACUAACCUCAAGAGAUUGUCUCACUUAGAAUAGAUUCAACUAAUCGCAUUCUGAUUAGUCUGAAGUGGAUUUAAUGGUUGUGUAGUAUUACAGUUUUACAAGGAUGUAAUCCUAAUAGCUCCAGAUUAAAAUUCUGGCAGUUGAACUUGAUUGAUCUGGUGAGUUCGUUUAUGAAUGCAGAAGGAACAUAGCUUUUUUUUUUU